UCCCGGGCCCAGCUCUACAGAUACUGGUACAAGGAUCCGGCCGAUGUGGAUCAGAAUCCGCCCGUGGCCAGCAGUGACCCCAACCGGAGGGUAUCGCAGGAGACCCAGGGCCGGUUCCGGCUGGCGGAGAAUCCGGCGCCCGGCGACUGCUCCCUGCAAAUCAGCGAUGCCCGACGGACGGAUGUGGGGAGAUAUUUCUUUAGAGUCGAGGGAGACUUUAAAUACAAUUACCGCACCAAAUACUAUCGCACUCAACCUACGCUACAGAUUUCCGUGCCAGUGCUGACGGAGGAGCCAGAGAUCCAGAUCUCGCCAGCGCAGAGGGUGCCAGGAACACUGCUGGCCCAGGAACCGGUGAAUGUGACCUGCACAGCCCCUGGGCGCUGCUCUGGGCCCCCUCCCCGAGUCACCUGGACAGGGCCGUUCAGUGACACAGCCCAGAACGUCUCAGCCCAGCUGGCAAAUGGCACCUGGGCCCACAGCUCUGCUCUCCGAUUCACGCCCACCCCAGGGGACGAUGGCAAAGAGCUCGUCUGCACCGUCACCUACAGCUCAGCACAGGGACCUUCCACUCGCAGAACAGUCCAGCUCCACAUCGGCUACUCGCCCAGACCCCCCAACAUCACCUGGACCCUGACCAGGAAUGGACGCCCUGUGCUGGAAGUGUCAGGAGCUGAGGGCGAUGUCGUGUCUCUGGAGACCCAGGAGGGCGACUCCCUGAGCCUGGGCUGUGAGGCUGUGAGCAGACCCGAGGCCACCCUGAGCUGGGCCAAGGGGAAUGAGUCCCUCAGCCCUGGCCAGGGAGGGGCCGGGCGCCUGGAGCUGCCGAAACUCAGCAGAGGGGAUGCUGGGGAGUAUCGGUGCUGUGCGAAGAAUUCCUAUGGGUCGGCCAGCCAGGCCCUGCGUGUGCACGUGCAGUCUCCAGUGAGGACUCUGCAAAUCACCAUCUCCAGAGCUAACAGGAGCAACCCCCAGCUAUUCCAAGAUCCCGGCACCCCGGUGGGGAACGGGUCACAGAUCACGGCCCAGGAGGGCGACUCUCUGCGGUUCCUCUGCUCCGUCGCCAGCAGCCCCCCCACUGUGCUGGGCUGGGUGAGGGGGGGCCGAGCCGUCGAGGGCGCCCGCCCCAUGGGGGAGAAUCAGCUGCGGAUGGAGCUGCCCAACGUGACGGCCGAGGACGGGGGGCUGUACGGGUGCUGGGCCCAGAGAAAGGAGAGCUGUGCCCUGGGGACAUUCCAGCUGCUCGUCGAGUACAGCCCCCGGCCGGGGACUGGGCUGAACUCGUCUUGCCAGCGCCAGGGGCACAGCGUCAGCUGCCGUUGCUCCCUGCGCUCUCACCCCCCACCCCGGCUCCAGUGGCAGGUGGACGGGGAGCCCGUGGCUGAGAACGGCUCGCGGGGGGCCCUGCAGGUCAGCUCCUGGGCCCAGGGGGACGAGGCCGUCAGCACCCUGAGCUGGACGGGGAACGGGGACAGUGGCUCCCAGAUCUUCUGCCUCGGCUCCAACCCCCAUGGGACCUACGCCGCCCUGCACUUUGACUUCAGCCCCCCACGGAGAGGUGCGGAGGAGCCUGGCAAGCUGCUGGGCAUCGGGGUGGCCUGUGGGCUGGGGAUCACCGUCGGCUUCUUCCUUCUCGGGCUCUGUGUGAUCAAGCUGCGGGGCCGGGAGCCGGCGCCCCCCAGUGCUGAGGCUGGGGAGAUGGCUAACGGGAGCCAGGCCGAGCACACGGCCGACGACGCCAGUCUGAUCUACAGUAACAUCCCCACCAUGCCCAUGGAUCACAAGACUCCAGCCGCCCGCCGGACCGAAGGCAUCCAGGACAGGGCUGCCACAGCCCAGACCCCACUAGGCCCCGGGGAGCCGGAGGAGCUGCACUACGCCACCAUCGACUUCUCCAAGCUGCAGCGCAAAGGGGCGGAGCCUCUGGAGGCCCCAGCCACGGAAUAUUCUGAGGUCCGGCAGAAAUAGCCCCCUCGCGCCAUGGGCCCAGGCUUGGCAUCUCUGGCCUGUCCAGUGCGAGGGGGGUCACAGUCAAGGGGAAAGGGGGCAAGGGGUCAACCCAGAGCUGGAAACCUGGGUGCAAAUCCCUGCUUGGCCCCAGACUCAGGGCGGAGUCAACUAGGCCUUGGAGAUGCUGGAGCGCUGCAUCAUGGGCAGGUAUCCCAGAGUCCUCUGCAGUCGGGUCCGAAAGCCUGCCCCUUCCCAAACCCCACUGCCCCCGGGGAAAGAGCCUCUCACCCCUCAGCCUUAGAGCAUUUCUCUUCUACCCUGCCUGAGCCCUCACCCACUCGCUUCACAGAUGGACAGGAUUUUCACGCUCAGUGGCAGCUGCUGGCAGGAGCUAGGGUGACCAGACAGUAAAUGUGAAAAAUCGGGACAGGGGAUGGGGGGUAAUAGGAGCCUAUACACAGCGGUGAGCUGAAGCCGGUACGCACCAGUUCGCGGGAACCAGUUGACACGCCGGACAACUGGUUCUAAAAGGGCUUUUAAAUUUAACAACCGGUAAAGCUCCGGCAGCUCCCCGCCCACCUCCGGCCCCAGCUCACCUCCGCUCCACCUCCUCCCCUGAAUGCUCCGCCCCGCUUCUCCUCCCCCCCCCGCUUCCCGCGAAUCAGCUCUUCAUGCGGGAAGCCUGGGAGGGCUGAGAAGCAAGCGUGGCCCGGCUCCAGGCGCCACGCGGCCCAGCUCCAGCCGAGCAGUGCGGCUGGUGUGCCACCAGCCACCUCCAGCCAGCUCGGUAAGGGAGCAGGGAGGGGGUGUUGGAUAGAGGGCAGGGGAGU